AGCUUAUCAAUUUAGCGCGAUAAUAUUCCCUCCCUGGAGAGUCUUUCCGUUCAUCCGAUUGAAGCUUUCGUCUUGUUCGCUUUGUAUUGGUUUGAACUCCGUUUAUGUACUCCCGCUCGAAGCAACGUGCUCGACGCCGGCUGUGCUAGUAUAUUUGUGCUUCCACUUAACUCACGAGGAGGACUCGUAUCAGUUCGCGGGGGUUUGUGGUGGUAUUUGUGCGAGCGCGAAUGGACGCGCGAAUAACUCUACAUAUAAGAACGGGGGAAGCACGCCGCGAGCCCAUAGUCCAGUGCCGGCCGCGAAUGAAUCCAGACCGUGGAGUCGUGUGAAUCACUUGAAACAAAAAAAGCGGCAAGAAAGCGCAAAGAAACGAGCAAACGAGUUCGAGUGAUAUAACGCCGGCCACAGGAAGAAAAGCACAAGGAAGAUUCGUAAUUUUAGUAUUUUCCCCUCGUUUUGUUACACGAUUAUCGUAACGUGAAACGCGACCUGGAAAAACCGCCCGCGUUCUACUGUGUAGAAAAUUGUGGAAAGGAUUCUCGCAACGCAAGGUUGCGCAAUUUUUUGCAAUUGAUUGAUCCUUUAAUUGCUCGCUCUAAAGAGAAAGUUAUCGCCCAUCAGUUUAGGAAAAUUGUAAGUCAGUGUGCCCGGAAAAGGACGAAAAAAAAAAUCACAAAAUCUAGUUCAAAAUGAAGGAUAUCAUCGCCAGCAGGAACCUCAUCAGUAUGGAUACUAUCUACAAGGACGUUGUUAUUAUUGGAAAUGGACCCAGCGGCAUAUCGCUGUCGUACAUGCUGGCCGGCAAUUGGCCAUAUUGGUCACCGGACCAGAUUCAGAACCAUCCGGACGAGCUGCUGCGGGCGCGACUCAACUACUACGACUCGCAAAAGUCCCUGGUCGAGCACGACCUGUUCAGCCUGGCCGACGGUCUCGAGGGACGCAGCACGAAUCCGGUGUCGCUGCUGCUGGACAGUCUACAGCACCCCUGCGCAGACCUUGGCAUGGAGCUACCGUGCAUGGUGGAGUACAAGCACCAUCCGGAGAAGGAAAUCGACCACCUCGUCCUUGGUCGAGGGCCGCCGGGUGGUUCCUGGCACCGGAUGGACCCGAACCUGCGCACCCUAUCGCUAGCGGCGUGGAUGUCCCUGCCGGGCCUCCCCUUCGCCGACUGGGAGCGAACCCACCCGCCGACGGUUGACCCGUCGCCGGCGGUAGAUCCCGCCGCCCCAAGCAAUAACAACCACCUCCACCAUCACCACAACCAAAACCCGUACCUGCCGCCGUCGGACGGAGGAGUGAAGAUCCUCAAAACAAAUAAUCAACAUGGUGCUAGCAUUAAUCACAGUAGAAAGAUACUUAUCGGUAGUAGCGUUAGUUCUAGUGGUAAUUUUAACGAACCGUCGCCGUGCGCUCGGUGUAGCGAACUCAAACGGCAGCAGAACCCACGGCAAGUGUCCUUAACGCAGUGCAACCGGUGCCGGCAGAACCAACAGCAGCAGACCAUCGCGUACGAGGACCCGAACGGGAAGGUCAGCGUCAAGUUGUACCCGCCGAGGAGGAAUCUCGCGCUGAAGCGGCAACUUUCGAAGGAGGUCGAAACGAGGGCGUUGAUUUCGCGCGUCGCCCAGUACUACGAGAGCUACGUGGACGAGAUGGGCCUCGGGAAGUUCUUCAUGAACGAUACCAUCGUGACGACGGUGCUGCCGCUGGACUUUUCGCACGUUAGCGGGCCGAUUCCGGAGCGGUUGCGCGGGGGACGGUGGAUUGUGUCGGGCUUCGACCGCCACACCUCCAAGCAAUUCACCGUGGUCUGCAAGAACCUGGUGAUGGCCAACGGCGCCUCGGACCUCGCGAACCGCCUCGGCGUUAAGGGUGAAGGCCUCGAGAUGCCCUGGGUCAAGUACGAGCUGCCCCAUCUGGAGCGGGCGCUGGAAAGCUGCGACGAAGAGGCCCGCUCAAGGUUGAAACCGGUGCUGAUCGUGGGAGCGGGACUGAGUGCGGCCGACGCCGUUACGAUCUGCCGCUCUUCGGGCAUUCCGGUGGUACAUGUUUAUCGCAAUAGAACGGCGGGGCUGGACAAGAUGCUGCCGGGGAACGUCUAUCCUGAGUACCACGAGGUGCACAAGAUGAUGAAGGACGCCGGGAGGAGGUUCGAGCUGUACCAGGCGUUGCCGGAGCACACGAUUGCGGAUUUGACGCAGGGACCGAAUGGCUCGCAUCGAGUUACGGUUCAGCAGCUGAAGACGGGAGAGCGGCGCGAGAUUGAGGUUUCGUUUUGUGCGAUUUUGAUCGGAUCGAGGCCGGACUUGCGGUUCUUGUCCGCAGGGGUGGUGACGUCCGCCGGCGGACUACAACAGCAGGUUAGUCAGGAGCAGGUUGGGAAGGGUGGCGUCGAUGUGGAGGUGUGCGAGAACCGGGGCAUUCAACCGGUGGCGAUCUGGUCGUUGACCGAGCAGUUGCUGUCGUCCCGGCUGGGCCGAAAGUUGUUCUGGCUGAAGAACAUUUGUGCCAAGUGUCGUCACCUUAAUGUGUGUGAUCGGGCGCGGUACAAGCACUACCAGCAAACCGGGACCGGCGGCCUCAAGCCGCAGGGUUGCAAUCAUUACGCGGGGUUGUUCGGCAAGAGUUGCGAGUGCACGCUGCCAACGGCGACGCCGGUUUCGGCCAUCGCGGACCAUCAGUCUGCCACGGGGUUGGGGCUGGGUGAAGACCCGGCCAAGCCGAUCGACUGCAAGAACAACCCGAUUGACGUGGACAAGUACACGAACGCGGUGCUGCGCUCGCCCCACAAGGGCCUGUACGCAAUGGGACCGCUGGUGGGCGACAACUUUGUCCGGUUUAUCCCCGGUGGAGCGUUGAGCAUUACGUCCGCGCUGCACAAGCUGCUCACCGAGAACGAUUGAUCGGGCUCGGAGAGCAGCGGCGGCGGCGGCGGCAGGACGGUACGUUUGUUCUUUGUUUGAGACACGUGGGAAAACGCCUGCGAAGGGACACGUGUCGAAUGUUUAGUAUUGGUUGGCAUUCACUUCUCGGAGCGACGAGAAGGGGCCGAAAGUUUUGGAUCGUCGGAAGCAAUACAAAAGCAUCGUUUUUGACAGUUUGCUUGAGAUGAUUCGUUGGAGUUGAUCAACAAAUUUCAAUAUCCAAGGAGGCAUUGAAAUUUGCUCAAGUCCACGUGAUCAACGCGAGCACGUUGUCAAAACAGUUGGUUUUGCUCGGCGAUCGGAAGAUUGUGUUACGAAGCGUUACUCCGGCAAAGGGCGAGCUUUUGCAACCCAUCACCAGAGGCGCUGAUCUCUUUUACUCGAGACACAAACCAACAAGAGCGUUUUGUGCGUGCCGUAACGAAACGUAACGAAGAAAUUAAUACUUUGAAAUUUGGUAGAUAUUUGGAUGUUUUCAUAUAUUUUAUAGUUUUAUUUUAUAUAAUAAAGUUAGCUUCUAAUUCACCCCUUAACUAUACAUACCUUGUUAUGUUUUUGUUUAAUCUCUUUAUGCCAAAUGACUUACCUUUUUGGACAAACCUUUUAAUUUUGCUCUAGCUUUUAACAUUCCUGUAUUAAUACGCCCGUUCCAGAACAAAGAAUCCCACAAAAAAUACCGUUUGUUGUUCCUUACUGACUAGUUCUAAGGUUCAGGCCAUCGUCCAAACUUACAACACAAAAAUGUUCUACAAUCCUGUGAUAUUGGGUCGCAGCACGUCGAAAAGAAAAGGUUAUUUAUUUUUCGAUCGAAUCGAAAUUUUGCCAAAAAAAACCAUUCCCCUCGCCCUCGCCAGUUUGACCCACAAAACGUUAACACGAAACACGCCAUUUUUCCGCAAAAACUGUCGAUUUUCGCAACCUUUCCAAAAUAUUCUAAUUGAGAGAGAGAAAAAAAAAAUCAGCUUUAAAUUACUUAAAUCGUUCAGCGUGUGUGAAUAUCGAAAUGUAUUACAGAAAAAAAGAAGUUGAACUAACUCACUUAUGAAAAAAAAAAACAUGUUAAAAAGUGACGAACCCUUAAACUUAAAAACCAACUUUAAACCGAAAUCACAGAGAGACUGAUAGCUCUAAGCUCAGAAGGAGAGAAAGAGAGAGAAAGGGAGAGGUGUGCGCGCGAAAUAUGAACGCGAAAAACUCUGUUUUAACAAAUCUACUAUUCACUCACUCUCUAGUAAAACUCUUCUCUAAUAUCUAUAUUUGUAUUAAAAGUUGUGCAAAAACUCUUUCAAAAACUCGUGUUCUCUAUCAUUCUGUGUGUGCCCGCUCUAUCCUAGGUAGAAUUAUUCGCCUGUAUGACAGGUGACCCGUGUUAAUCUAGUUUUUGCCUUUCAUGGUGUGUUUUCAAAAAAAUACUAAGUAGAAACGUUUUCACCCCUUUUGCGAGUAGCUAACAAAUUUCUAAAGCACAAACACACACACAC